GAGAUCACAUGUGAGGAUGGGUUAAAGUAGUGGAAGGCUGUUGGAUUCUAGCGGAGUUACUGACUUCUUAGCUACAGACUGCACGGUGAUCAGAGAACGGGAAACAAGCAAUUUGAGAGGAAGAAGGAGGGAGAGUGAAAAAGAGAGACCCUGGAAGAGUGAAACAAACGGCAGGAGUGUAAAGCAGAGGGAGAAAAAGAAGAGACAGAGGAGCUGGAAAGAAGCAUUGUUUCAAGAGCCUGUGGCUGCGCUGCAAAGCUAGGGAUGGAAACUCGUCUCAGAACAAAAUGUUAAAAUCAGGGAAGUACAGGAACAAGGAAGAGCAAAGAAGCAGGUAGAGGAGCCAGGGAAAGAAAGUUGGAGAAAGACCGAGAAAAUUGUGGAGAACUACUUGGAAGACAGGCACAAGAGAUUGACAAGGAACAGUUUCAGGGGAUGUAACCCAAACCAGAUGGGAUGCAGGCAAUCCCCUCUUUCCCUUUCCCUUGAUAAUUGGAUUUGCAGGAUUCAAAUGGAAAUAAGCUAACUACAGACCAGGUGUCUCUACCUUACAUUGGUUGCAAAUAUGACCCCUGCUGUUGUCCACUAAAGCCUGAGGCAUCACUUCCUUGUCCUGGGUGUAUUCCUUUGUGCAACACCCACUCGCAUUUACAUAACACCUGUAACCCUUCAUCUCUACAAGGAGAAUUACCUCAUGAUAAAGCGAGUCAUGGGCAGCAUCCGAGUAAACAGGUACAGUAUUGUCUCCACUGAAGAGGACGGGCAUAAAGUCUCUGCCCUUGGCAGCAUUGAUGGGCACAGUCGAAAUGGGAAAGGCCAUGCCCCCCGACGGAAACGACGCAACCGUUUCGUUAAGAAGAAUGGCCAGUGCAAUGUCUACUUUGCCAACCUAAGCAACAAGUCCCAGCGCUACAUGGCGGACAUCUUCACGACAUGUGUGGAUACGCGUUGGCGCUACAUGCUCAUGAUCUUCUCAGCAGCCUUCUUGGUCUCCUGGCUGUUUUUUGGCCUCCUCUUCUGGAUCAUUGCUUUCUUUCAUGGUGACUUAGAUGCCUCUAGCACAGGAAGUGGGUCUAUUGGGACAACUGCUACAAAACUCUGCAUCAAGCAUGUCAAUGGAUUCUUGGGAGCUUUCCUCUUUUCUGUAGAAACACAGACAACCAUUGGGUACGGCUUCCGCUAUGUGACGGAAGAAUGCCCGCUAGCUAUAAUGGUGGUAGUGGCCCAGUCCAUUGUGGGCUGUGUUAUUGAUUCCUUCAUGAUUGGCACCAUCAUGGCUAAGAUGGCACGCCCAAAGAAAAGGGCCCAGACCCUCCUUUUCAGCCACCACGCUGUCAUCUCUCUGCGUGAUGGCAAACUCUGCCUCAUGUGGCGGGUGGGGAAUUUGAGGAGGAGCCAUAUUGUGGAGGCUCAUGUUCGGGCCCAGCUGAUCAAGCCUUACAUGACCGCGGAAGGUGAAUAUCUUCCAGUGGACCAGCGGGAUCUAAAUGUAGGCUAUGACAUUGGCCUUGACCGAAUCUUCUUAGUAUCCCCCAUUAUUAUUGUCCAUGAGAUCGAUGAGGAAAGCCCACUCUAUGGGAUGGGCAAAGAAGAGCUGGAGAGGGAGGACUUUGAGAUUGUCGUCAUCCUUGAGGGCAUGGUGGAAGCUACAGCCAUGACCACCCAGGCCCGCAGCUCCUACUUGGCUAGCGAGAUUAUCUGGGGCCACCGUUUCGAGCCUGUUGUCUUUGAGGAGAAGAAGCAUUAUAAGGUGGACUAUUCACGUUUCCACAAGACCUACGAGGUGGCUGGGACCCCUUGCUGCUCUGCACGGGAGUUGCAGGAAAGCAAGAUCACCAUCCUGCCUUCCCCUCCGCCACCCCCUAGUGCCUUCUGCUAUGAGAAUGAGCUGGCUCUUGUCAGCCAGGAUGAAGAGGAAGAGGAAGAUGACUUGGAUGUGAGAGUAAAUUUGGGAGGAGGAACUGAGGAGGAUGCAGGAGUCAUACCUAUGAUGGAGUUUGGGAGCCACAUGGAUCUCGAACGGUUGCAAGUUUCUAUCCCCCUGGAUGCACUCUCGUACCGGCGGGAAUCAGCCAUUUAAUCUCCAUCCUGACUUUCCAUCCCAUGUUUGUUUUCCACUGUUUCCUUCUAUUUUUAGCACCAGUGCUUGGUUGGAAAAGCCCCACAGUACCUCUUCUACUAACUCUUAAAACCUGAUCAUGUAUAAACAUGAUGCUCUUCUGGUGAUGGAUGGUUCAGGCUACCUGCCACGAGGUUAGAAAUUGGUUUUCAAACCUCUGAAUUCAGAACAGAAUUGAGGCCAUUCCUCCUCAUUUCCACACUCCGGCUUUUCUCUGCUCAGAAUAAUAGCUGCUGCAGCCUGGGCUAAUAUAAGAGAUAUUCUGUUAAGCUGCCAGCAGCAGCAAUGGGACCAAUUGUUACCAAUGUGGCUGAUAUUAUUGCUGAAGGUCAAGAAAGUUGCAGGUGUCAACCAACCUGGGAUUAAUGGGGGGCAGUGGAAAAUAAGACAUGGGGUAUAAUUUGCAUGUGUAUUAUUUGUUGCAUAUUUAAAAUGUUACAUCAGGAGAGAUGAUAACUUUAGAUUUCUAUGCUCUCUCACAGUAACAUUUAAUUGCUGUCUCAUUCUGGUUCUUGGUAUCCACAACUCCCUAAGUAGUUAACACAACCCUUCUCUGGUCCUUUUGAAAUUUCAUUCCCUUCCCACAGAGGCACAAGCAAGCCAAGUGAGUAACACUGGCAAGAGGAAAGGUUCCCAAUUGGGCCAGCAUCUGAAUCACCUGCAACUGUCUUUUCUAAGCAGCAGAAUCUAUAUGCUCAUUCCAUUGUCUUCAUCAAGCUCAUCCCAUAUUCUCACCUGGAAAAAUGACUUUGUAACUAUUUAUUUUUUAAUAAAGUAUAGUGUUCCGGGGGGGUUGCCUGGAAACAAAGA